GGUGGGAUUUAAGUGACGUCACGGGCCCCAGGCGGAAGUAGAUGACACUCUCAUUGGCUGCUGGACAGCGCUAGUGGGAGCGGGCCUUUUCGAGGAGACCGGAAGUGGGGUCACUAAGAGGUGACCAGCAAUGGAGAAAAAAAUAAGCAGAAUCUGCCUUGCUUCUGAACCUGAUAUAAUUCAUUUUCUACAAGUCACUUGGGAGAAAACACUAGGAUCUGGUUUUGUUAUUACACUUACUGAUGGCCAGUCAGCGUGGACCGGGACAGUUUGUGAAUCAGCGAUUUCCCAAGAAGCUGAUGACAUGGAAAUGGAAAAAGAGAAAUAUGUUGAUGAACUGAGAAAAGCAUUGUUGUCAGGAGCAGGACCGGCCACUAAAUACAAGUUUAAUUUUUCUAAAGAGUCUUGUCAUUUCUCCUUCGAGAAAAACCUGAAAGAUGUUUCAUUCAGACUUGGGUCCUUCAAUCUAGAGAAGUCGGGCCCAGCUGAGGUCAUUAGAGAACUCAUUUGUGACUGCCUGGACACCAUUGCAGAAAACCAUGCCAGAAAUGAACACCUGCAGAAAGAAAAUGAAAGGCUUCUGAGAGAUUGGAAUGAUGUUCAAGGACGGUUUGAAAAAUGUGUGAGUGCUAAGGAAGCUUUGGAGGCCGAUCUUUAUCAACGGUUUAUUCUGGUGCUGAAUGAAAAGAAAGCAAAGAUCAGAAGCUUACAUAAAUUGUUAAGUGAAGCUCAAGAACGAGAAAACAUGGAACAUGAAAGGGAAACUGCAACGUGUUCUGAAAUGACUGCUGAUAGAGCCACAGUCUAUGACGAAAGUACUGAUGAGGAAGCUGAAAGUCUGCCUGAUCCCUCAGUGUCAGCUCCAGCUACUUCAAGAAGAGAUGAUUCCAUUUUUUCAAGUCCUGAUGUCACUGACAUUGCACCAAGUAGAAAGAGAAGGCAGCGAACACAAAAAAAUCUUGGGUCAGAACCUAAAGUGGCUAUUCAGGAACAUCAGCUUCAAGAAAAGGAAAAGCUUGACCCUCCACUACCUGGGAUGUUGAAAAAGGAGCAGCUCAGCGCAACGGAAAACAUGUCUUUGGAGACUCUGAGAAACAGCAGCUCGGAAGACCUCUUUGAUGAGAUUUAACCGUCUCACAAAAGCGCUUUGAUGUUCACUAGACUGUGUUUUCUGUUCAUUUCGUUAACCUAAAAAAAAGUGAAAUUUCAACUCGGCAGCAGCUAUUACUUCAUCUUACAAUUUAAUUACAUACACAGUGAGUUGAAGCCAUUGUGCGAAAUGGAUUAGACAUGUAUAUGAAGAUACGACUUGAUGACAGUGGCACAUUAUUCUAAACUAUUCAUUCAGCAUGACUAUAAUUACAGAAAAUCUCACUUUUUGUUUCGAAGGACAUGUUGAUCUUCUUCUGUUCACACAUGUCAUAUAUGGAGCUGGUUAACAUCCUGUCUAGGAAGACUUGGGAAGUAUGACAAAGAAAAUGUCUACAGGUUUUUUUUUUUUUGAAUAGUCAUGUUCAGAACAAUUAUGCCUGAGUAUUUUGAUUUGUGGAAGGAUGUAUAAAACCUAGUUUGAGUUUGUACACAAACAACCCAAAAAUCUGAUGAUAUAAUUUCUGAUACAUUGAAGAUUUUGUGUCCUUAAUAAAAUAUGUUACUUAGCUCAAUUUUUUCCUUCACUAUACUAACAGGUCUUCAUAAAGUGGUCACUAAGUAAAUGUAAACUCUUUUAUAUUAAAAAGUCAUGUUUUUGGAAAUUAUUGAUAAAAGAUUUGUUUUACAUGUAUGAGGACCCUCUUUGGCAACAAGGAUGUUGUCAUAUUCACAUGUCAUAUUUACCUCAAUGACAUCUGGCACAACUUCUU